AUGGAACCUUCCAACAACACCGAAACCGAAGACGAGACCGUGGCGCUUCGGAGGAAGAAGUUGCGCCGCGUCAGCUUCGCCGACAACGAGAUUACCUCCGUCCACAUCUUCCGCCCCGACGACUCUUCUUCCUCCGACACUCCUCCCGGUUCAGUUCCUUCCUCCUCCCCCUCCCCCUCCCCCGAGCGUGUUUUAUUUCAUUCCAUUCCAUUCCAUUGUGCAGAAGAUGAUUUUCGAGGUCCGGUGUCGUCCAGUUUCAUCAGACCCGAACGCUUGCCGGACUCUGCUGCAUCUGAUGAUCUCACAAUGGACUCAACUGCCUUUUCAUUGCAUUACCGGAGUCUUGCCAGGUCGGAUUUUGAAGACUUGAAGACGCCCUCGAGAUUCAGUCCUCAGUUUGAAGAGACAUUGCCGAGCCAAGGCUCCGGCCGCUCAGCCUCCACUACUGGAUGUUUUAUGGUUCUUUCGGAAGCCAAGAUGCAGUCUCCUCAGUCCGGAGUACCUACGGAUCCCGUGAAUGGCUGUAGAGAUUCCAGUGACAUGAGUAUGACUGGGUUGGACCCGCAGAAGUACGAUUAUGACAGACUCUCUCCUACUUUGGACGCAAUCCUUGUAGAAGGAAGCAAGGAUUUGCCUGCCAUCUCCCCUUUGAAUCCUGAGGCUGCAGAGUCACGGCUUAGCUCUCCAGUUGAUCAAGUCAUCCGUGAUUUAUUAGACAACAAGGGGAAUCAUACUGGUGUCGAUGAUUCAGUUCAGCCACAUGGCAUCCAUGAUUCUGAGGCUGCAGACACACCGAACGUAGGUCCAGCUAUGGGUAGAGUUGGGAAACAUGAUACAGUCGCAGAUGAUUCCCUUCACCAAAUCAAAACUCCUGAUACUUCAAUCAAGGAAACCAAGAAGUUUGUUGAAGAUGCAAGUGCAGCAAUCCAUAAAGAGUUGGACUUUCUUAUUGCUAAUAGUGCAAGAACUCCACUAAUGAUGGGCAACUCAGUUCAAUCAAAACUUGGUUAUGGUGUUGCCCAGGUGAAGGGAAGUAAUCUUGAAGACAGAGGACAAAUGUCUGACAUUAAUGAAAAAGAUUGUGAAUACAAUCAAGUUGAAACACGAAAUGCUUCUUCUGAUGAGCACCUCUAUGGUUUAACUCAAGGGAAUAGGAUGAAUCAAGGUUCGAUCAUCACAGAUUCCCAUGGGAUUGAUUCUUUUAGAAACCUUGCGAUGCUAACUGAUAAUGAACAGACUGUUGACUCAAAAACGGGUGAGCAAGAUUUUAGUUUGAUUUCUGUUGACUUCCAGAGUGGCAAAAAUUCUAAGACUGGGGAAAUCACAGCUUCUUGCCUGCAGAUUGACCAAACAGAUAGCACAGUUGAGAAAAGAAAAGAUGAUGUUGCAAGUGUUACAUAUGAUAAUCCAUUUUCUUCUCCUGUGAUGUUGUUGAACCAGAAGCGAUCACAACAUGUGGAAUGCCAAAGGACUUGUUCUCAUGAAUUGAAGCAGCUGAAAAAGCAUAAUGAAUCUGUUAAUAGCGGUUUAGGGCAAGAUGCUGAGAGCAACUCAGAUGCAGCAGCUGAUGGAUUUGGGUUGUCUGGGUUUAAAAACGGUGUAAAGACUAGUACAGAUUGUAUGAUUUCACAGAGUGCAUCCAAGAGAAAACCAGCUGAGAGUCCUAGAAAUAUGGUUUUCUUUCUGAGCACUCCUAGCAAAGAAACUACAACUCUGUCGCCAUCUCUUUAUGGGUCUUCGAGUGAACUGCUGAACAGUAAUAUGCAAGACUUGUCUAAUAAAGAUAACUCAUAUGGUCAUUGCCAUCUUGACAACAACUGCCGAGGGGCAUCCGAAGUAGCUCUGAGCCCUGUUACCAACCCUGGCUUUGAGUUUUCUUUUGAGAAGAAAAGAAAGGGUAUUGAGAUACAAUUACCAGGUGAUGGAGACAAUAAAGACAAAUUUGGGAGGAUUAUAAGAAGUCCAGAGGUCCAUAUUGGGAAUAGUGAUAUACAACUUAAUUCAGAGCAAAGACGUUACAUGAGCAGUGGAAAGAAGCUCAGAGAUCAGACAUGGAAUGACUGGGCUGAUUUUCUCAAGAAGUUCCUCGGGAGCACACAACAUUUCCUUUCUCCGUCAGUUGAUAAGCUAAAUUUACGAUUGAUAUGCAAGCUGGAAGAAAUUCUUGUUCAUCUGCAGAAAGUUAAGCAAUGUGAAUUUCUUUGUUCUGACAUUCAUCCUCAGAAGAAAAUAGCCGAUACCCAAAAUGUUUCUAGACAUAAAAGAUAUGUUGAAGGAAGAAUGCUGAUGCUUAAUAUAUCAUAUGAGAAGGCUAAAUUGCAGUUAAUGCGUAUGAAGCGUGACAGAUUGCUGAAAAAAGUACAGCAGUUGAACCAUGGCCUUCAGGAGUCUAAGGAAAUGGAGUUGCGGUUCAUGGCAUCCUUAUCUAAGAGUGUGGCAGUGGACACUCAAGCUAAUGAUAUUCGUAUCACUACUAGCUUGCUCAAUUCUGAGGGAAAAUGUCAGAAGGUGAUCGAACUGAGGCAGGAGCUUGAAAAUUUGACUUGUAAAGCAAAAUCCUUAAGUGAAUUCUUUCAUAGUGUUUGCAAGAUUGAAGGGGUUCAAAGCUAUAUUGAUACCAUAGAAUUUGUUCGUGAUUAUAUCCAGAAGAGAAUGUCUAACAAGUUUAUAUUUCAGAGUUUUAAGCAAUGGGUUAUUGAAGAUUUUGAGCACACAGAUGGUUGUUACAAAAUUAUUCUCAACUAUUGUGGUUAUGUCAUCCAGAGGUUUGCAGUAAAUGCUAGUCUACCUAGCAUAAUAACUUCAAACGAAUUGAAUGAUGUGAACAUUAUGAAGACUUUUCCUGACAUCAAUGCUUGUUCUGCAUUUGAAUUUGUCUUAAAUACCCGUACCACUAAGAAAUGCACAGAUUCAAUAAGUUUGGGACAAGAAACACAGAUAACUAGUUCACUUCUGAGUAAUUUGCUAGAUGUGGUUGAGGAGGUUCAGUUAUCUCGCAUAGAAAUUAGAAAUCUGGUCCAGGCAAAGUUCUUUUCACAUUCUGGUCAACGGCUUGAUUUGCAGCUAGUUUUCAUGGACUUUAGUAGUGGUAGGACCCCCCCCCCCCCCUCCUUCAAAAAAUUAAAUGAAAAUCCUUAUUUCUAUCAUUAA